CAAAAUCGAAACAAACCCCUGAAAAACUGACGCUCAGGGAACCACUCUUUAGAGCACGGGAAAAGCACUGCAAAAACUGUGACUCCUCAAAGUGACAAAUAGUGUUUGCAGUGCACAAAGCAGUGCAUAUAGAAGUGCUGCGGUUUCAAUACCGACACAAUUAACAACACCACCACCAACAACAACAACAGCAACAAUCCCAGGGCUUCUGAGCCGGAGAAGGACGUCACAUGCGGAACAUGAAGCCGCCUCAGAGCACUUGGUGGCAUCUGGUUGGUCUUUCUGCCGUCUUCCUGUCCGGGAGCUACGCGGCCCCCGUGCAAGAGCGUGAGACAGCGGCCGGGGCCGGGGCCGGGGCCGGGGCAGCUGCCUCAAAGGAAGAUGUGAACGUGCUGGCCUUCGGCGUGAUCCAAUUGACCGAUGCGCUCGGCCGGGUGAAGGAGAAGACCGGGAGCAAGAUGGACGCGAUCGGUCGCUCGCUGUCGGUCCACGACGACUGGCUGUCGCUGCUGCUGGGGGAGGCACGGAGGGCGUCCUCUGCCAAGCGGGGGGCUAAAGAAGAACUGCACCAGCUACAGCUCCAGAUGGCCGGGGUGACGGCCCAGGGCAGGGAGACUCAAGACACGCUGGCCCGGGUGGACCGGGAGGUCCAGGGGCUCUGGGCCAGAGUUGGGAACGUGGAGGAGUACCUGGGCGUCAACGUCGCCAACCACAUCAAACAUCUACAGGAGAAGACGAGCGACCACUCAUACGUCCUGAGGUUGCUCCAGCAUUUCGCCAAGUACCAGGAAGAGUUGCUGGACGGGCAGAGCCGGCAGCUCUCCAGACUCCUGCAAAUGAGCGAAGAGGACCAUUAGCUGUGCAGGAAGUCAGCGGGGCUGCCAGACUAGGUGAAGCACCAUCACCUCAACAAGAACGACAACACUUUGAUGGAGCAGUGUAUAAAGGCUUCAAAGCCUGAUGCUUUGCAUGUGUAAAUAUGGGUAAAUAUGUGUAAAUACUGUGAUUAUUUUAGUAGCUUUAACCGUUUAUUUAAAGAAAAACUGUUUUAUUUAUGUGGUGCUCUGGUAAAAGUAUUGAAAUUUAGGUUUCAAAGACAAACCCUCCCUCAAAACCACCAACAUGAACACAGUGUAUGAAUGUAUCGCAGUGAAUUAAAGAGCGGGACUUUGAAUGAAUGCGACAAUGGCGGCAUAGGAAUGAAGCAAUAUGGGUUGGUGCAGGACCACCGGUGCGGGCUACCUGUAGGUGGUGUGGGGCGUGUACACGUAGCGCGCGGGGAACUCCAGCACGUCCUUGGUGGGCCGGACACGGGGGUCCGGGUAGGGCUUGACGUGCAGCAGCUCGGGGGACAGACAGUAGUGAGGGGAGUCGGGCGCGGGGGAGAUGUCGAUCUUCAGCUGGGCUGAGAGACGCAAGUGUCGCAGAGGGAGGGACACACACACAGAGAGAGAGAGAGAGAGAG